CUCAUCAUCAGCAUCAACCUGGCGGGUGAGCUGACGUACCUGCAAGAGGGCAAGGACCUGCGGCGGAUGAACGAGGACUUUAAGCGUCUGAGAGAGGACAUGCUGCCGGCGCUGCGGCUGGUCAAGGAUGUUCAGCACCCGCUGCCAAACGUCUCCGGACCCAGCCAACCAUACGCAUACGAGGCCACGCUGUCUCCGCCCGCGCCGACACCGCCAGGGGCCCAGCCCGGCGAUCGAGGAGUCAAGCGGCAGUACUCACAGCGGCGGAUCCUGAUUGGAGCGACGCCCAAGAGUAGCUCGCCGACGCAAGCGACACACGACCAACGCAUCAUGUCAGAACAGACGCUCGACCCGUCCAGCGCGGCGGAGAGAGCUGUCAUGUCGUCGUCGCACCUGGCUGCGAUGAACGGAGGCAACCAACACGCCUCACAAUCAGGAUACCCUUCGCCAAUCAUACCAUCACCGACCUCCCCUCAGAACCACAUGAGCGCAGCGACCCUCGGCUCUCGAACGUACAACUCGACGGCCCCCUCCGUACGGACGACGUUUAUCGAAGGCGACCUCGGCUACGGCUCGCGAGACAAGGCUGGGACCGGAGGGUCAAUUCGACGCCGCGAGACGCCCGUGCCCGAGACGCCUAGUUCCAAGGACUCUGUAGAAAUCUUCAAGUCCUUCCGGGUGAGCAUGGACGAUCCGUGCUACAAGGUGCUUCCGGCUGCGCUUAAGAAGUAUCAGAUCAACGCACCUUGGGACCAGUACGCGCUGUACAUUGUCUACGGCGACCAGGAGCGCUGCCUCGGCAUGGACGAGAAGCCCCUGAUUCUGUUUAAGCAGCUGGAUAAGGAAGGCAAGAAG